CCCGGCCGAGCCUCACAUGACGGGGCCGGGCCGGGCCGGGCCGGGAUGGGGCAGCGCGAUCGGAUGUUCAAGGUGCUGGUGGUGGGCGACGCCACGGUGGGCAAGACCUCGCUGGUGCAGCGCUACGCCAACGACAGCUUCAACCGGCACUACAAAUCCACCGUGGGAGUGGAUUUUGCACUGAAGGUGGUUCAGUUUUUUUAGUCGGAGACGGUUCGGCUGCAGCUCUGGGACAUUGCAGGGCAGGAACGUUUCACAUCCAUGACCCGGCUGUACUACAGGGACGCCUCAGCCUGUGUCAUCAUGUUUGAUGUCACCAACGCCAGCACCUUCAGCAACAGCCACAAGUGGAAGCAGGACCUGGACAGCAAACUGCUGCUGCCAGACGGGAGCCCCGUGCCCUGCCUGCUGCUGGCCAACAAGUGUGACCUCUCCCCGUGGGCAGUGAGCCGGGACGAGGUCGAUCGGUUCAGCAAAGAAAACGGAUUUUCGGGAUGGGUGGAGACGUCUGUGAAGGAGAACAAGAACAUCAGCGAGUCCAUGAGGGUUCUGAUUGAGAAGAUGAUGUCCUCAUCCGCGGGAGAUGGAAGCUCCUCCUCUGCUGGCACUGGGGAUUACAUCAACAUCAAGGAGACCUCCCCUCCAGGCUGGGCCUGCUGCUGAAGCCACUGCAGCUCUGAUGGGCUUCUCACCAUCACCAUCAUCAUCAUCAUCAUCGUUACCAUGGUCACCUUGCCCUGAACUGUCCCUGGUUUGGUGUUUUUUCCUGAUAUUUUGAACUUUUCAGUGGCUGUUUCCUCAGCAGAGCCCUGCUGCAGUGACUUGGAGCAAGGGAUGGAAGAAGAGGAUUGGGAAUAUUCCUUUUUUCUCUGCUGCUCUGAUGGAGCACAGUCCAUGUCCAGGCAGUGCCUUGCAUUACACUGAAUUAUUAUUUUUUUUUAAAUUUUGAGCACUUCCCUCUCUGGCAAGGGCUGGCAGAGGGAUUUUGUUAAUUUUCUGCACCUUGAAGCCCUCCCUUUUGGGGACACAGCCCAGCCCAGGUGGAUCCCCAGCUGUGGGAUCCCAGCAAUCUCUGGGAUGCUGGAUCUGUGUCCUGGGGGGAGCAGCACAUCCCAGCAGUGCCCAAACCCCUGAGGAUGAGGAGCUGCAGCACUGUGGAGUUCUGGGGCUCAGCUGGGACCUGGAGCAGCACAGUUCUCACUCCCCUGUGGGGCAGAAACCCCAAAAUUUGGUCAGGAACUGCUCCUGUCCUUCCUGAACCAGCACAAUCCCCACUCCCCUGUGGAGCAGAGACCCCAAAAUUUGGUCAGGAGACUUCCUGGACCAGCACAAUCCUCACUCCCCUGUGGAGCAGAGUUCCCAAAAUUUGGUCAGGAAUUGCUCCUGCCCUCCUGGACCAGCACCAUCCUCACUCCCCUGUGGGGCACAGUUCCCAAAAUUUGGUCAGGAGC